AUGGCCUUCCACACAACUUCUUCGUCAUUCUCUUCUUCCAUAUUUCAAGGGGAUGUAUUCUUGAGUUUUAGAGGCGAAGAUACUCAUAAAACUUUCACUGCUCAUCUGUACACAGAUUUACGUCGAAAAAGAAUCAACACCUUCAUGGAUGACAAACUUCGAAGCCGAGAGGAAAUUUCACUGGCACUUGUCAAAGCCAUUGAAGAGUCAAAGAUUUCGAUCAUUGUACUCUCUAAAAACUACGCAUCAUCCCGAUGGUGCUUGGACGAGCUGAUAAAGAUCCUCGAGUGCAGAAAGAUAAGGGAGAUACUAGUUCUACCACUGUUCUAUGACGUAAAUCCUUUAGAAGUACGGUGUCAAACCAAUAGGGUUGGAGAAGCAUUCACUGAACUUGCAAAAAGGUUCAACGAUGAUGAAAUGAAGGUGGAGGGGUGGAAGAGAGCCCAAAAGAAGUGGCCAAUUUAUCCGGGAUGUAUUUGGAAAACAGGUAGGAAUGAACCAGAAUUUAUUGACGAAAUCAUCGAACGGGAUAACAUAAUAGCAGAGGGUGGAAAAGAUGAAGAACAUCCUCAUGAUCAAGUUGCAAUUAUUGUUGGAGUCUACAGUGAUGGUAAUGAAAUCUAUUGUACUCAUGGAGAUUACCAUAAAACUUGCUAUGGAUCAUUGCGCUACGAUCAAGACUUGGACAGUUUGGCAGGCAACUCACAUGUUGCAACUUCUACUUCAUAUGUCACAGUUUUGAUUAUUGCUGCUAGGGACCUUUCCUUGGUUUUGGAUCUCAGUUGA